AUGGGCAAAAGGAAAAGAGGUCCGCAAUCUAUCCGUGGACAACCUAGUGCCAAACGCAUUCGUCCCGUUCCACAAGCCCAUAGCCCGACUCAACCUCGGAGAAGCGCUCGUCUGCAGAGCAAAGCAGAUGCUGCGAAGCACGAGCUCGGACGACUCUUGCCAUCUCCUGUCACAACCGGUUCCAAUCUCGACAGUCGGUCGUUGAAGAGAAAGUGGAUCGCUGCCGACGAACGCAGUUUGGAAGAACAACAAAGACGGGUUGCAGAACAUUCCACCCUACGAGAGAUAGAAUCGGAACAACACGUCGCUCAUUGGGUCCUCACAGGUUCCUGGCCCAAGAAUAUGCAACAGCGAGACCUCAAGAUGCCCGACGCAGCUUCCAGCAAACGGCGAAGCAGCUCCAGCCACCGAUCCCAAACACUCGAACGCAUGGCUACUCACGGAAUUUACAUGGAAAGCUCCAGCUUGAUCGAGAAAGACAGCAAGAACCUUUGCGAAGAACUACUGAAAGGGGAAUACAAUGCGGUCAAAACCUCCAUCUACACCUCUGCGGAAUUUGACCGAGUUCUUGACCGAGUCCGAAAUCUCAAUGAAGCCCGCAUUCAGCGAGACGUCACACCCUGGGUUGUGCCGGCAGCUGAAGCCCUCAUCAUUCGAGGUGAGCUCCAGAAUGACUGGAUCGGCGAGGAGCUGAAUAGCGAAUGGGGUAGGUGUGCCACCUUAGGCAGCACAACACCCAAGCCGGAUUACACGGCUGGUUUGCGGCGCGACAGCUUCACCGAAGAAGAAGCCGCGAAACUGGAGAAUUACGCCACUCCCACCAGGCCAUUCCACUUCACCCCCUCGCUUUGCUUCCCAUUCCUCAUUUGUGAAGCCAAGACGGGGGAGCGGGGUCUGAAUGAAGCAGACCGACAAAACAUCCACAGCGCAAGCAUCGCAGUCAGAGCUCUUGUGUCACUCUACCAGGAAGCGUUCGGUAGUACUGCACCUCAUCGCGUCCAGCAGCUUUUCGGCCGGGUCCUGGUGUUUACCAUCUCUCACGACAACGAUAGAGUGCUUCUGUAUGGUCACUUCGCCGUUGCUGACCCCAAGGUGGAGGGCGGCCUCAAAUUUUAUCGUCACCCCAUUGACCUAUUCAGUCUCAGCACCAGAGGUGGUGCAGACCGGUUAAAGGCCUACAAUUUUGUUGUAAAUGUUUACGAAAAGUAUGCAGUAGACCAUCGAACAAGGAUCAAGGAUGCCGUGGCGCAGCUGCCAGAACUGGCCAAGCGGACCGGGCUUUCUUUUUCGGCCUCAGACCUCAACAUCGAUCCAGCGAAUUCAACAGAAGGCUCUCGGGAGGCAUUGUCCCGAGGCGGUAAUGAGUUUGCUAUGCCCAUUGAACCUGCUAGUGUCGCACAGAGAAGAGAGACGACGAAACUGAGAGAGCAGAUCGAGCGGCUUCUGCAGCAAAUGGAACAGCAGAGGCAGGAUGCCAAGCAGCAGAUGGAUCAGCAGAGACAGCAGUUUGAACAGCAGCUUCAACGGCAGAACGAUAUCAUCGCCCUCUUGAAGGAAACAAGGAAGUCAUGA